AUUCAUUCAUUGCCACUAGAACUCUGUAUCUGGAGCCCAGCCACCCUCUGGCCAAUGCUACAGUAUGACGCAAAGAAGAAUGGGAGGGGCCACGUGGAUGUGGAGGCCGACCUAAAGCAGCGGUGUAGAGCUAGCAAGCGUGGCUGGUCCUGCUGCUCAGUGGUACUGGAUAGAAACUAGCGUGAAAAGCAGCCGUAAAGAUGUCUGACGACGAACAGCAAGAUCAGACCAUCGCCGAAGACUUGGUUGUCACCAAGUAUAAAAUGGGUGGCGACAUUGCCAAUCAGGCCCUGAAGGUUGUGAUCGACGCGGCCAAGCCUGGGGUGUCCGUGCUCAGCCUGUGUCAGAAGGGUGACGCUCACAUCAUGCUGGAGACGGGCAAGAUCUUCAAGAGGGAGAAGGACAUGAAGAAAGGCAUUGCGUUCCCCACCUGCGUCUCCGUCAAUAACUGUGUAUGCCACUUCUCUCCCCUGAAGAGCGACCCAGACUACACGCUAAAAGACGGAGACUUGGUCAAAAUGUAGGCACCUCGUCGGCAGCAAAAAAAAAACAAAAAAAUGUUUGCAGAGUGACUCUGGUCACACUUUCCCUCUCCUCAUCUGACCGUGUUACCCUUUUCCUCCUCCUCCUCCUCUUCCUCAUCUUCCUCCUCUUCCUCCUCCUCCUCCUCCUCCUCCUCCUCUUCCUCCUGUUAUGCCUCUCACUGUUGUCCCUUUGUGUGCGUUGUGUGUGUGUGGCUGUGUGCACGUCGUCUAAUUUGCGAUGUCUAUCCCCUGUGCUCUCUUGUGUUGUCAGUCUCCCCCACCUCUCAUCUCUUCUCCUCUUAUCUCCUCGCUGUGUUGUCCGCCCGCCUGCCCGCCCCUGCUGUCCAGCCUCCCCCCGACUCCCUGUGUCCAGUCAGCUGUUGCCUCUGUCGCCUCCUCAUCUCCCUCUUGUAAUCCGUCUCUUGUCUGCCUGUCUGUCUGUCUGUUUUAAGUCUGUGCUGCACUUCUGGACUUGUUAUUCAAGUUGCCAACCAGUAACUUUGUGCUGUCUCUUGGAUUCGUCAGCCCUUUUAAAGGUUACGUCAUUAUCAGUGUUCAUUUGCCUUCUGUUUCUCAGUUUACUGUGUCGUAGGAGUUGAUUUAGAGGUGUUAAACCAGAAAGUGUCUGCAUUUAGAAGCACACUCUUGCCUGACAAAAGAACUCUAAAAUGUGCAGGAGGAUGUCAGCAUUGUUUGGAAUUUGUUGAUUGAUGUUUGUGUAAGGGGGAGAUGAGCAUGUUUUCACAUGCUGAAGUCUUAAUUGCGAGACAAACUGUCAGUGUGCUUAUAAAUGUAUUCACUAAGUUGCUGUACUUGCAACUUUGAUGUAAGUCCCUUAAAUAUAUUGAACCGUUUAGUCUUAUUUCCACUUAAAAAAACAAAAAACCUUAAGCAUAAAACUGUUACUUUUAUUUUCCUCCCCAUUCUGUGU